AUGAAAGUAGUAGCGGGACACCCCGACUUAAUAAAGACAAUUAAUGAUGGCGAAGAAGUGGAGAAUUUUUCAGAGGAAUCUGAUGAAGAAGUUGAGUAUCAGCCAUCAAAACAAAAAAUAAAGAGGAAAGCAGACUUCAACCCCAAGUUCCAGUUUGUUGCUUCCGUGGAUGAAUAUAAUAAGAACACUUGGGACAAUUUGCAAAAAUACGUGCGUCGGAAUGUGAAGCAGACACUGGAUGAGAAGAUAGCUAAGCGCAGAGCUGAAGUGAAAGUUAACGGUAAUGGUGAUGCUGUGGACACGGACUCCGAUGUGGACAAUAAAGAUGGAGAUAUUGAUGAAAUAGAUAUAUCUGACGAUGAGCUCAAGAGAGAUGAAAUCAAAACUAAACAAAAGAAACUUACAAAGAAACAAAAGUUGCAACAGGAAUUAGAAGACCAAGAGGAAGGCACGCGUGUGGAAUAUGACUCGGACUUCUUCGAAGAACCACCACCCUAUGAUGAGAAUGCGUCUUUCUACAUGAUGAAUCUGUCGCGUCCGCUGCUUAAGGCUAUAGGGGCUUUGAACUACGUGCAUCCCACGCCUAUACAGGCUGCUACUAUACCUAUCGCGCUGUUGGGUAAAGACGUAUGCGCGUGCGCAGCCACCGGCACCGGUAAGACCGCAGCGUACAUGCUGCCGAUAUUGGAGCGGUUGUUAUACAAGACUAAGGGAGGAGACCUUGUCACUAGGGUCUUAGUUCUGGUACCUACUAGAGAGCUUGGCGCGCAGGUACACACAGUGACAAGGCAACUCUCACAGUUUACAUCUGUAACUGUGGGAUUGUCAGUUGGUGGCCUGGACGUUAAAUAUCAGGAAAGCGUUCUGCGUCGGAAUCCCGACAUCGUCAUCGCCACACCGGGUCGUCUGAUAGACCAUAUAAGGAACACACCAUCGUUCGGUCUCCAUUGUAUUGAAGUACUGGUCUUGGAUGAGGCAGACAGAAUGCUGGACGAGUACUUCGCGGAACAAAUGAAGGAGAUCAUCCGCCAGUGUUCUCCCAAGCGGCAGACGAUGCUGUUCUCGGCCACCAUGAGCGAAGAGGUAAAGGAUCUGGCCGCUGUCUCGCUCAAGAAGCCGGUCAAACUGUUCGUCGAUUCGAAUAAGGAUGUCGCUUUUAAUCUAAGACAGGAGUUUGUGAGGAUUCGUAAGGAGCGCGAGUCGGACCGCGAGGCCAUCCUGGCCGCGCUGGUGUGCAGGACCUUCAGAGACCGCGCCGUGAUCUUCGUGCAGACCAAGAAACAGGCGCAUCGGUUACACGUAGCCCUGGGCCUGCUCGGUGUCAAGGUGGCCGAACUCCAUGGCGCCCUCACCCAACCCCAACGUCUGGACUCCCUCAAGAGGUUCAAGGAGGAGCAAGCGGAUGUGUUAGUGGCUACCGAUGUGGCGGCCCGCGGUCUCGACAUACCCGGAGUGAACACCGUGCUCAACUUCACGCUGCCGGCCACGCUUGAACAUUAUAUACAUAGGGUGGGUCGCACGGCGCGCGCGGGCCGCGCGGGCGUGUCGGUGUCGCUGGCGGGCGAGGCGGAGCGCGCGCUGGUGCGCGACGUCGUGAGGCGCGCGCGCCGCCCCGUCAAGGCGCGCCUCGUGCCGCCCGACAUCGUCGCCAAGUACCGCCAGCGCCUCGCCGAUCUAGAGAAGGAUAUCGCCGCUAUCCUGGACGAAGAAUACGCUGAAAAGCAAAUGAACAAAAUGGAGAAGCAGACGAGUAAAUUAGAAACGGUGCUGAAGAAGGAAGAAGGCCCUAAGUACGAGCCGCAGCGGCAGCGCGAGUGGUUCCAGACGCCGCGCGAGAAACGAGAGGAGAAGGAGCGGCUUGCGCUCACGCAGCAUCCGGGGAAGGAUGCACAGAAGGCCAAAGGGAAGGGCAAAAAGCGUAAGAGAGAAGACGACGACUCCGACGAAGACAUGAACAAUAAAAAGAAAAAACACGUGAAGGAGAAAAAACCUAAAGACUCCGCUGAGGAGAGGGUCAAUCGGGAAAUGGAGAAGGUCGCCCUUCUCCAAUCACGUCUAGCCAAACGCAAGAAGAAGCAGAGACGCAUCAAAGCAGUCGAUGACGACGAUGAUCGCCCCAACCAGCAGUCCAAGAACAAGCACAGAAACAAAAAGAAGCAAAGCAAUUUUGCCUCUGACCUUACAGAUACCUCAAGAAAGACGGCCAAACGGCUGAGAUAUGACGCCAAUCUUGUACAGAAGGGCAAAGCGCCGCAUAUGAAGGGCAAAGGCAAUCCCAAGAAGGGGGCAAAGGGGCCGAAAAGCCAAAAGGGGCCGAAGGGAGGAAAACCGCAGAAAGGCAAAGCGUUCGGGAAACCUCAAGCGCCGAAGCAGGGUGGUCGUAGGAAAAAAUAAAUGUGCCUUUGAUUUUUA